CAGGCGAUGUUAAGGUUCGUCAACUCCUUGAGGGACAUGUUAAGAACUGUCAAGUUAAUUUACAUUUAGGAUGGAACCACACAUCUUAAAAGAUGUGGCAACUUAUCUUAGAAGGAAAAGGAUUGUUGUUGAUACGAGGAUUAAGGUGGAGGAGAAGUUAGGUUUCUUCCUAUACAUGUUAAGUCACAACGCCUCGUAUGAGGAUCUUCAAGUGGCCUUUGGGCACAGCAACGACACCUUCCAUUAUCAUAUCAACCACUUCUUCAAGGUGGUCAUUCCUAAACUCUCUCGCUGUUUCCUUCAGCCUCCCGAUCCUAAUCAAGCGCAUCAAAAAAAUCCAAGAUAAUUUUAGAUUCUAUCCAUUCUUCUAGAAAUGUCUAGGUGCCAUUGAUGGAACUCAUAUUCCUAUUUCCAUAGCCCUUGAGAAAGCUUCUUCUUUUAGAAAUAGGAAGGGCACACUAAGCAUUAACGUGAUGGUGGCAUGCGUUUUCAAUCUCAACAUCAUUUUCAUUUCUAUUGGCUGGGAGGGAUUGGCUACAGAUUCCAGAGUUCUAAGAUCAGCUAUGAGCAAGGGCUUCCAAGUACCUACAGGAAAAUUCUAUCUGGUUGAUGGAGAGUAUGCAAAUACUCCAUUUUUCCUUGUUCCAUAUCGAGGUGUUCGAUACCAUUUGAAAGAAUUUGGGUUGGAUAUCAAAGACCACAGAACCCAAAGGAUGUCUUCAACCACCACCAUGCACUACUCAGGAAUCAUGUGGAAAGGGCUUUGGGGGUGCUUAAGAAGCGAUUCCUCAUUCUCAAAGUUGCCAUAUUCCACAUGUUGGAAAAUCAAGAUUCCUGUCUCUGCUCCCAUCUUCCAUAAUCUAAUCCGAUUACUUCAUGGAGAUGAGGAAUGGUUAGGACAUCAUCCGGAUAUCUCUCCAACAAACUUUGUUGCUCUACCAAAUGGUAAUCAAAUCAAUGACUUAGGAACUGUACAAGGCAACGCUUUAAGAGACACCAUCACCCAAUAAAUGUGGGUUCAGUACCAGCAGCAUUUAAAUUAGUCUUCGAAUAGGUUAUAAUGAGUUUGUGUCAUGAAUAAGCUUUAAGAAAAGUUUUUUCAUGGAUUAUAAUUAGUGAUUUAGCUUGUAUCAUGAAUAUGCUUGUAAUAAGUGAAUGAUUUUUGUCAUAUUUGACAUCAAUGGUUGGAAAAGGGUCGAUCCCCAAAGUUUAAUAUGAUUGCAAGUGGGUCGCCAAAGUUGCGUAGGUUCCUAGAUACAACGAGUGCUACCAAAAAGAAGUCUUCUCCUAAAUGUAGUGGGGUUAAGAAGAUUGGAGGUUCUCCGAGAGUAAAACAAUGGGCAAAUUGGAAUCCAAGACUUGAGAAGUCCCUUGUAGAUAUUCUCCAUGAAUAUACAGAUAAUGGCUAUAGAGGUGACAACGGUUGGAACUCUGAAGGGUGGAAUAAGAAGUUGAAGGAAUUCCAUCUGAGGAACAAGCAUGUGUCCUACACUAAGGCCCAAAUUCUAGGAAAGAAGGGCAGCUGAAGAGAGACUAAAAGAUGCUCCAAGUGGCAAGGAAGCAUAGUGGGUCCAACUGGAAUGAUGAAAGGAAUAUGGUUGAAGGACCACCAACUAUGUGGGAUAACCUCGUAGUGACAUUUCCUAAAAUAAAGAAGUUCCGCAACAACAAGGCAAGAGUUUCACUCUAUGAUGCCUUGGGACAACUUUAUGAUGGUCAUUUGGCUGAAGGAACUUAUAAUUUCGCUUCUAUGGAGUCACCACAAGAGGAACAACCGCUUCAACAAAUUCAUGAGGUACCAGAAGAAGAUGAUGAUGAUGCAACCACUGAAAGGGAUGAAGAUGUGCUUCAAAGAAGCGGACUACGAAGAACUACUACUGCAUCAAGAAACACACAAGGAAAGGAAGAGAAGAGGCCUAAGAGGAGUGCAAUGAUAAAAGAAAUGAUGGAGAGAUUCCUGGAAAUGAGGGAAGAAGAAGCUGCACGUCUGGCAAAGCAAGUAGAAGAAGAAUCUGCACGUCUAGCCAAGCAAGCAGAAGAAGAAGCUGCACGUCUGGCCAGGGAAAAGGAGGCUGCUGAAAUCAGGGAGGGGGAGAGGCACGAACUGGGAGCUGCUCGGCACUAAGGAUGGGUUGCCUGUGGUGCUCGCCAUGUGGACCUCACCUUGAAACUCAAGGGAUGUUGACGAACUAGAGCUGGAAGAGAAGGUUGACAAGUUUGUGUCAUCGGUGUCCGUGGCGGCGGCACGGUGAAGGAGCGGUGGCGAGCGGCGGAGCAGUGGGGAAGGGGCCAAGCGUGGAAGGAGCGACAGCAGGGAAGUGGUGGCAGAUGCAGCGGUGGGGAAAUAGUGGCGAAGCGGCAGAGCGAUGGCGGAUGCGGCGGAGCGGUGGCGAAGCGGGGGGAAGUGGUGGCGGCGGAUGCGGCGGCAGCGAGCUCGUACACAGCAAGCAAGCUAAGAGAGAGAGGUAACACAUUAAGAUUUAUGUAACUUCAAGGGAGAUGUGUUAAUUUGAUACACAUGUACUCAUUGAUAUUUUCUAAAUGAGUUUAGUAUUUUUACAUAUGGUCAUUGACCUAUGAAGGUAACACAUGGAAUGUCUUAGUUUUUUUUGAGCAAAUACAAG